AUGCUGAGAACGAGCUGUGUGGGCCCUGGCCUCAGACAAGUUGAUCACCCAAAGUUUGUGAAGUCGUAUUCAAAAACAAUUGACAGAGAGAACCCUUAUCCCAAGGGGUACAGAAAUUCAGAUUUCACAUUAUUCUUUGAAGAAGAUGGACAAUCCACCGUGAAGCAUAUAACAAGAUUCACCAUCCAAUGUGGGGAACUUGUCAAUCUGGAGAAUUUUGCUAACUAUAAGUUGCGACUGUUUUCUAACUCCUUGACAGGUACAGCUUUCACCCAAUAUUCAACACUUAUGAGGAACUCAAUCAAUUCAUGGUAUAGGAUGGAGCGUCUCUUCCAUACCCAAUUCUUUAGAGCUAAGCCAGAGGUUUGUAUGGCCAAGUUAUCCAUGCUAACACAAAGAAGUGGAGAGAUGGUUAACUCAUUUAUUGCAAGGUUUAAGAAGCUGAGGAAUAGGUCUUCAGAGGAUCCUAACUCAUCUCCUAAUAGUUCAUCAGAUGUUUCUAAAGUCAGUUCAAUAUCUUCAUUAGCCAUCGCGCCUUAUAAGAGGCCGAGGUUAGCUAUGAAAGAUUUGCAGGAACUUGAUGAGGCUGAGGUAAUCUUUGAGGAAGAGCUGGUGGAUGAUUUUAGGGGAGAUAUCUAG